CCCCUACAUCUCUGUCUCUAUCUUUUUCCCUACUGUACUACUAGACCUCUAUCAAAUACUUUUUCAACUUUGACACCAAAGUCACAAAGCUUUCUUUUCUUCAGUGCACAUUUCUUUACUUCUUUGUUCUGUUACUGAUUUUCUUGCUUAUGGAGAGCCAAGAUCACAAAAUGACAACCCAAUCAGGGCAUGAGAAUCAUGGGUCACAUUUGUGUCAUAAAUGUAGUUGGCCUUUCCCAAACCCACAUCCUAGUGCUAGACAUAGAAGGGCACACAAGAAGAUCUGUGGAAAAAUUGAAGGAUAUAAGCUUAGUGAAUCCGAAGCAGGUAAUUCUACCCAUUUAGCCGUUUCUGAUGACGAGCAUCACUCAGAUGGAGAUCAGCAAACUCCAAGUCCUAUUGGUAAAAAGACCAGUGUUAAAGAUGGUAGUAGCGGUGACAAAUCAUAUCGAUCAGAGGAUGAAACCUUCUCUGAUGCUGUCAUGGAGUUUUCUGAUAGUGGGAUCAGCCCUGGCAUGGAAGAGCGUCCGGAGGGUGUCAAAAGUUUGAACACGAAUGUGAAAAAAGUUGAUGAUGAAUUAUUGAAGGCUGAUGCAAUUGGAGGUAUCUCAGUUUCUGUAAAUGACAACCAGCUCACUGCCGAAGUAAAUGAUCCAGAGUCACCUGAAAGUGCAACCAAUCAGCCAGUGGCAGAUAAAUCUUUGGGUUUAAAGCUUGACAGGUCAGUGGACUUACAAGUGGACACCAGUGCUGUUAAAUCCGAGAUCCCAGGGGAUGCUUCUCUGCAGGAGAUGAAUGCAGCUGAAUCAAUUGAAGCCAAACAAAUGCAGAUGUCUUCAGACCAGCCAAAUGAUUUGAAGGCAAUAGAAGAUAUCAAUGCCAAUGAAGGUUUAACUGAUGCUGUUGAGGCUUCUGUCGAAGUGUCUCAAUCAGUGGUAUCUGAUACAGAUGAAAAGACGUCAAAUAAUGAAAGUUAUGAGUCAAAGCCACAGGAGGCAGAGGGAAAAUUUUCAAUUGUGGAGUCUAAGUUACUUGAGGCAGAGGAUCAAGCCACAGAAAAUGUUCCCAACAAAGCGGAACAACAGCAUAACGAGAGAGAAAAUCCUGAUUCUACGGAGUUGAAAUUGGCCUUUUCCGAAGCUGAAGUUAAAUCUUUAGAUGGUGUGAAUGUAGAUAAGGAGCAUGAGCAACAUGAUAAGGCGGAGCAGGACAAACAGAGAAUCUCCAUUGAACUUUCACCUAAUGCACCUACAUUGGAAUCGGAAGCUGUUUCGUCUAAUGAAAUCGAUGGUGGUCGUCAAAUGGAGCUUUCUGACUCAUUCAAAGCUGAGGAGGGGAUGGAAGAUGUGCAUGUGGUGUCUUUGGCAAAAGAUUUACCUGCAUUAGACAACCCUGAACUGCUUAAAGAUUUUAAAGACUAUAAUAAAUACAAAUCUAGUUUUCCAUUGGAUCUAGGCUCUUCUGAAGAAAUUUGCUCCGUCAAAGAUGACACUGCUGCUGCAUCAGAGGUGACUCAAUCCUUUGUGGGCAUUGGCAGGUCUGAUGGAAGCAUACCCUCAGUAGCUUUGGAUGUUUCAGGGGAUCAGGUUAGUGAAGAAAAGGUGGCGGUCGCCGCAGAGGGUAUAACAGAUUCAAGCGGAUUAUCAUCCAAUCUAGAUACCUUCGAGUGUGGAGUGUCGAGUAUUCCGAGCUCCAAUGGUCUUCAAGAACCUGAUGACUCUUCAAAGAGUUCUCUUUCAUCUUACCAGGAAGAUGCCAAGCAAUCAACAAAAGUUGAUGAUCCUGUAAUUGAAAGAACCGAAGAAACAAGUUUUACCAUGGAAGUGGAGAACAAGGGUGGACAUCCAGAAAAUGAGCUUUUUGCAAACAAUGAAACAACCCCUGUAGCCAUUUCUUGUUUAUCUGAAGCUAUUCAAACUACGGUCACUCUCGGAGAAAGUGACCAUGGUGAACAUGAAAAGGUCGGAACUGAAUGCCCAAUUGUAGCUGGGGGUGAAACUGAGAAAGAAAGGACCGAGGAAAAGCUGGCAGGAGUUUCUGAAGGUGAUAAAACUAUCUGCCCAGUUGGAGGACAUAAUGACCGUGCUAUAGUUACAGACACAACUGUGGAUGAAAGCAGGCAAGAAAUUUUUCAUGAAGCCUCAGAAGACGUGUCAAUUGGCAAUGAUGCCAAAGCAUUGGAGUCUGCAAGUGCAACUGGAUUGGAUCCCAAAGUAAUCAGUGGUUGUGACGUGAAAGAGCCCGCUGGUUUGAACAGUCGUGUUGUUGAUACUGAUUUGAGCAAUCGUGUUGUUGAUACUGAAUUGAACAAUCAUGUUGUCGAUACUGAUUUGAACAAUCGUGUUGUUGAUAACUCCCCUGCAGGAGAUGUCCUUAAAAGUGCCACUGGUGUCAUUUCAUCAGCCUCACAGAAUGAGAGUGAUGACAAGCUCAUAAAGCAGAACGAAACUGUUUCUGCAGUGGAUACACCAAUUUCAUCGAGUAGCAGAGCCGAUAGCUUGGAUGCCAACUGGGGUUCUAUAUCAGUUCUUUCCACCCAGUCUGAGUCGACAGCCAUUCCUGAUGCCGAAACAACUGAUACUCAAAGACUCGAGAAGUUGGAGCAUGACUUGCAGAAACCAACUUCUGGAUCUGAGGAGUGCCAUCUUGACAAGUCGGAUGUUUAUGAGCCUCCGUCUUUCAUGACAUUGGUUGAAUCGGGUGAAAGUAGUGCUAACAAGAAAGCCACUGCUUCUGAGAUCGAAACACAGCUGAACGCUCAACAGCCGAAAACAGAAUCUCUUAAAGCAGGGUGGUUCCCUUCUAUUACGAAUGUGGUGAAUGAAUCUCAAGGGAGAAAGAAGAAUGAGGAGAUAAUUGCAAAAGUCACAAACUGGAGCACAGGGAAGCAGCAACACACUCCCUUGAAAAGUCUACUUGGUGAAGCCAGAUCUCCCAACGUAAAACAAGUUCCGCCAUCAGCUAACAAGAAAGAUGAAACUGCCAGUACUAAGACAACGACAGUGAACUCGAUUCUGAGCUCAGAGGCACCAACUGCUGUCAGUAAAGAGGCGGAGAAAGAAUGGAAUUCUCCCGCGAGGUAUCCUGUUGACAUCAAGAAGGAAAAGAGGAAGACGAAACCAUAUUGGGUACCAUUUGUUUGCUGCUCUUCAGUACAUCAAGACGCGUAGUUCCUUUGUUGCGUGAAUUCGACUAUAUAUAUAUAUUCUUCUCUAUAUUAGGCUGUGUGCGUUUGAACUCCUUAAUUAGACAAAAUGUUUCAACUGCAGAGGGAGUGUUCUUGUUUCUACAUGUAUAUUUG